UGGAGGAAGAUGGGACUGCGGGAACCCCGUCCUUUACCUGGAAGGAUGAGCGUCGGUAGUCUCCUCGUGGCGGGAGGAAGGGGGCGAUGUUUUCCAGUUCCAUUAAGGUCAUCCUUAUUCCAGGCGUUACAUAGUUCCUGCUGUUGGAAAAAAUCCGCUGCACCUAAGAAGAUUACUCCCAAUGCUGCUUUUUACGAUGAAAAUACAAAGGAACCUGGAAAUGCACUUGACAAGCUCUUCUCUUCAGAACAGCAGGCUUCCAUCUUGCAUGUGUUGAAUACGGCAUCUAAUAAAGAACUUGAAGCUUUCAGGUUGCUUCGUGGAAGAAAAUCUGUCAAUAUUAUAGAGCACAGAGAGAAGUUUGGGCCAUUUCAGAAUUUGGAGAGUUUAAUGAAUGUGCCCUUGUUCCAGUAUAAAACUACCAUUCAAGUUUGUAACUCCAUUCUUUGUCCAGAGACUGGAGGGAAAAAAAGAAAGUUCCAGGACAACCGGCUCUUGAGAAAGCUCAUCAAACCAGAAAUAGAGAGAGAGAGACUUAAGGCAGUUCAUAGUAUCGUAUCCAUCGUUUUUGGAACUCGAAGAGUUGCCUGGGCUCACGUGGAUCGUAAACUGGCGGUGCUGGACUGGCAGCAGGAUGAGUGCAGCCAGCUGAUGAAAGGAACGUACAUAUCAUCUGUCUAUUUACAAGAGAUUUCUUCAGUCAUUUCAAAGAUGCCUAAAGCUGACUUCUAUGUUCUGGAAAAAAUCGGGUUUUCAGUUCAGAACUCAUCUCGGUUUCCUGUAGUGUUACAUUUUCAUAUCAUGGAAGCCAUGCUGUAUGCCUUAUUAAACAAAACCUUUGCCCAGGAUGGCCAGCAUCAGGUGCUGAGCAUGAAUCGAAAUGGAGUGGGGAAGCACUUUGAACUGAUGAUUGGGGACACACGAACUAGUGGAAAAGAGCUCGUGAAGCAGUUCCUCUCAGAGUCUGUUCUGAAGGAGCAGCCUCGGGUAGUCUUCCCCCCUGAGAAGAUUGUCCUCUACAGACAGAUGUUUUCAUCUACCGAACAGCACAGAGCAGAAGAGUUGUAUGACUCAUUAUUGCAAGCUGUUGCCUUCUAUGAAUUAGCAGUUUUUGACACUGAACCUUAAAAUGCUGAGGUUAAAUAAAGAGCUCUAAGGUUAUAUUAAUUUAUAUUUAUUAGCCCGAAAGCUGUACAGCCAACUGUUUUUAACAUCCAUGUUUAUGGAGAAGAAAAUAUGUUUGUAUUUAAAGUCAGACUUUCGACUGUUGAAUUGUUCAAACAGUAAUAAGCUAAAUCAAUAAAUAUUUUAGGAGAUUCUGUGCCUUUUGGGUAUAAGGGUUAAAUAGUAAGAUGCCCCCUAAAUAGCCAAAGCAAGAACGAAGUUAUCUUGCCUGAAAAGCAGAUUCCAUCCCAUACCAAUGAUCUGUAUCAUUCUAUUGUUAAUAGAGAGUAAGGAUUUUUUGGGGUGGUGCUUAUUAUGGGAAUAACACUAAAUAUAAUCAAGAACACAACUUAUGAAGUCAUCUUCUUAAUUCUGUAAGUAGCAUGUGGUUUGAUGUAUUGCUUCCAAAAGGUGAUUUUCAUCAAUUCAGUUUUAUCAGCCCAGAACAAAGGUUUGUCUAAUACAUUCUUUUUUUCCCCCACUUUGAAAUAUUUUAC